AUGGACUACGCCGCAUGCAAUAUUGUCUACGUGGAUCGCACAGCUCUCGAGGACAAAUUGGUGCGGAGAGAAGAUGUGGUCACAAAUGUUUCGACCUUGGAGAAUUCAGCUACUGCCACCGAUGGCGCGAUAACACCACGAGCCAUCAGUGCCGUCGACAGUAAUGUGAAUAUUUUAUUGGGCUCUUUUACUGAAGUUCACGUUUGUACCUCGGGCAGGUCUUGCAUAUCGAAAAUCUCUGAACUAAAUCGCGCAUCGACCGCCGAUUUGAUACCUACCCUCGUUUUAAUAGAUAUCCCGUAUGAUGAUCAAGUAACUGAGCGACCUGCGAGGGAAGUCCGGACACCUUCGCCCAGUUCCAAACCACAGAUUGAUGGUAUCCUCGAUGAAGAUAUUGUGGAGGCAUACGGGAUAAAACUACUACAAUGGAUUGCAUCCGAACUGCAACAGCACCGCCUAUCGAAACUCAUAGUUCCAGUGGCCAUGGUUGCUUCGGCGUCGGAGCCGGGUCUCUCGGUGAAUUCAUCAUCAAAAAAUCGAAUGAGUUCGAGAUCGGAACCCGCUCCUGCUGGAUAUGAAAUUGGCAGGCAAAAUCGGAAAUCGAGCGGCAUCUACAUACCACUGGAUCAGAGAAGGACAAUGAGGUUUUUAGACAUCGGAGCAGUGGAUGUCAUAACGAAUCCGCUCCUCCUCGAACGAUUACCCAGUUUGGCAGUACAUGCGUAUCGAGCGCAUAAAGACGCGUCCAAGGAUCACAGGGCAUUUAUGGAGUUGAAGAGGGGAAGAAAGCGAUCGUGGGUUGGUGUCGAGGAUCAAAAACCUUAUGCAUAUUUGAGAGAAGCAAUGGUAUCUAGAUUGAUGGAAGGAAUCUGCACGCUAAACAGUGAAGAAGUAGAAGAGUAUGGCCAAUGGAGAGUGUCUGUUCCAUUAGAUCGAAGGGAAACGAUAGUUCAUGCCAUUAGCUCGUGGCAAUUCUCGGCGCAUGAUUUUGAGGAUGAUGAACUUUUGUAUGCAUCAUCAUUAAUGUUUCAACAUGCACUCUCUUUACCGGAAUUGGAGAAGUGGCGGAUAUCCACAGAAAACCUCACAGCCUUUCUCAUCACAAGUCGAGAAGCGUACAAUAGUUUCGUACCGUAUCAUAAUUUUCGUCACGUCGUCGACGUUCUUCAAGCUAUAUUUCACUUUCUCGUACGAUUGGGGAAUCUCCCCGAAUACCCUCCGAGGCCAGAUGGGACAACAAGUCAAAGAUCAUCACCAAUCGCCGAGCUUAUCAGACCCUUUGAUGCUCUUACAUUGAUGAUUACCGCCAUCGGUCAUGAUGUCGGUCAUCCUGGUGUCAACAAUGCAUUUCUUGUUCAUCUAAAUGCACCACUAGCUCAACUUUAUAACGAUCGAUCUGUUCUCGAAUCAUUCCAUUGCGCUGCUUACUCUCAGAUAUUGCGUCGUCAUUGGCUAGCAGCUUUCGAGGAGCGUGGCAUGCGACAAUUAAUGAUAAGCACAAUCUUGGCAACAGAUAUGGGUUUACAUUUCGAUUACAUGAAGAAGCUUGGCUAUCUGCAAGAAAAGCUACAUGAGAAUGGUGGUGUCACUGAUGGUUGGAAUGGUAGAACGAUUGAGGAUCAACGAACACUUGCUUGCUCUUUACUUAUUAAAUGUGCAGAUAUAAGCAACGUGGCACGAAGAUUUGAUACCGCUACUCGAUGGACCGAAAUAUUGACUGAUGAAUUUGCUCGUCAAGCUUCCAUGGAACAGGAUUUGGGUAUACCGACGGCUUUAUAUGCGCCCCCUGUUCGAGAAAUCAUUGAACUUGGCAAAUCUCAAAUAGGUUUCAUGAAUAUGUUUGCCAUACCAUUGUUUGGUGGCGUAACCGAUGUCAUGCCUAGUAUGGCAUUUUGCGUCGAAGAAUUGGAGAGAAAUAAAGCUGCUUGGGAAAACAGGAUAGCUAUAGAGCAGGAGAAAAUGAGGCAAGACGGAUUCUUGGGGCCCCCUGAUAGCGUUCAGUCAGGCAUGCGCUCUCCCCGUACAAUGAGUAUUGCACAACCUACUCAGGAUGGAUCUGGUAGCCCGGAUGCUACUUCUAGACACGGUGAUCCUUCCAACAACCGUAUCCAACCAAGGCUUAACAGAAAUCCGUUCAUGAUAAGACAAGGUUCCAACGAUGAAUCGCCCAAAGGUACUAAACAAGGCAUAGAAUUUCCUCUGUCGUCUGAUCGGAGACCAUCAAAGCCUAGUCAACUUCAACUGAGUUACGCAACUUCAAGUGCACCGGGACUUCUCAAUCACCCGAACCAGGACGUAGAAAUUCUGGCAAAUGGCGAUCGACGAGUUAAUGGAGUACAUGUUCAGCCGUCUCUCUCCACAGAUGUUGUAGUGGUAGGCCCGCCUACACCUAAAGAACUCUCACUACCACAUCACCAAAGAAGUAGCGAAACUACAACUGAGGGUAGUAAUUCUGGUUCUGCCGGAGAAUGGUCCGCAGGCGCAACGACAAAUAACAAAAGCCCCCUUGCACCUAGUACCCAGGCGACCAGCUUUGCAAGCGAAGAUUCGAACAAUGAUAGAGCUGUCACUCCUACUUACGCAUCUCCGCUAGUCAAUAGUACGAGUCAUUCUUCGGUGAACUAUGAUAGAUCAAGUCAUUCUACAAAUGAUGGAUCGACUGCACCGGAAGCGGGAUCGGAUCUUAAAGUGUUGGCGGAGACGGGGAGAAAUUUGAAAAAGAAGCCCAGCCGGUUCAGGAUGAAUGGAUUGCAUUUCUGGAAAAGGAAAAAUGGCAAUCCACCAAUGCCAGCUGGGACACCCGACAAGCGUGAUUCUGACGGCACCGAAGGGUGA